AGUGGAAGUGACUUUUUCAUUUGGAGACGUUGGUCAGAGCAUUUGAGAAAAAGAAUAAGAGAUUACCUUGUUGCAACAGCAUGGAGACUUCUGACAGGUGCCCAGCUGACAGGUGCCAAGUUGACUUCCAGUUUGAAAAGAAUAACAAGGAACAUCGAACAAUUGAGAUUAGCAACAAGCGACUGAUAGUCAGAAGGGGACAAACCUUCAAUAUUAAGGUGACCUUCAAAGAUGGAUUCAAUCCCCAAGACGGCAAAGUAAUCUUGAUUUUAGAAGCAGGUCAACAAGCUAAGAGAUCAAACAAUUCCAAAAUAGAGGUUCGCUUCACUGAGUCAAUAAAUACAAAAAGAUGGAGUGGAGUAAUCUCCUCUGCCACCACAGAUGAAUUAUGCUUGGCCAUAUCACCAUCGCCACAAGCCAUAAUUGGUUACUACAGAUUAUUUCUGCAGCAUGCUUACAAAGAGGAUGUGAAGUACUGUCUUGGAAAUUUUGUUGUACUCUUCAACCCCUGGUGCUCAGAGGAUGAAGUUUUUCUCAACAGUGAUGUUCAACGAAAUGAAUAUUUGUUGAAUGAAAAUGGAGUUAUUUAUGUUGGUAGUGGUGAUUAUAUCAGUGACAGAAAAUGGAAUUUUGGACAGUUUGAAGAAGAUAUUUUGGACAUCUGCCUGAAGAUAUUGAACAACACUCCCAAAUAUCUAAAAUCACCGAACAAGGAGAUUCGAAAGCGAUGCUCUGCUGUGUACAUUGCUAGAACUGUGUCUGCCAUGGUGAAUUCUUCAGAUGAUAAAGGAGUUCUGACUGGUAGAUGGAGUCCCCCAUAUACUGACGGAGUGUAUCCAGGGAGAUGGAAUGGAAGUGUUGCAAUUCUUCGGAAAUGGAAUGAUGGGAACUGUAGAGCAGUUUGCUAUGGGCAGUGCUGGGUGUUUGCUGCAGUGACUUGCACAGUUUUAAGAUGCUUAGGAAUUCCAACCCGUGUGGUUACAAACUUUGACUCUGCUCACGAUGCUGAUGCAAACUUAACCAUUGACAAAUACUAUAAUGUUGAAGGAUAUAACACCGGAGAAUCAUCUGACAGUGUUUGGAACUUUCAUGUUUGGGAUGAGUGCUGGAUAGCACGAAAUGACUUACCCUCAGGAUUUGAUGGAUGGCAGGUUGUGGAUGCCACACCACAGGAGGAAAGUGGAGGUAUUUAUCGCUGUGGUCCAGCACCAGUAAGAGCAAUCAAAGAGGGAGACGUGCACAUGAAUUAUGAUGUGCCAUUUGUUUUCGCUGAAGUGAAUGCACAAUGUGUGAGCUGGCUGGUGUUCGAAGAUGGAACAAAAAUGAAAAUUGACGUUGAUACAGAAAAGGUUGGCCACCAUGUGAGCACAAAGAAGUGUGGCAGUGAUGACCUUGAGGACAUCACACAUCUCUACAAAUAUCCUGAUGGCUCCACGCAAGAAGCAGAAGUGUUUGAAAAGGCUAACAAGAAACAAAAUAUUCCACCGCCCAAAAAGUCACUACAAGUGUCUCUGCUCACUGAGCAGCCCAUUUACACUGGAAGUUCUGUUCCAAUCUCCAUAGUAGUUACCAACAAGUCUUCAGAGAAAAAGGUCUAUGACCUCAAAUUUUGGGCUAAGAAAAGAAAAUAUAAUGGAGAUACAGAGAAACAAUGCUUCAAGAAACAUAAAGAAGAGAUCAAACUUGGCCCUGAUCAAGUUAAGAACAUUUCUUUGGAAGUGAGCUACAAAGAAUAUGGAUCAUUCCCUGACAUGUACAACCUGAUGAAGCUGAUAACUAUUGUAACUGACAAAAAAUCUCAAGAGAAUGCAGCUGUUAUAAAAGAUCUUGGUUUGAUCAACCCUCCCCUCACAAUUAAGAUGCUGGACAAUCGUGCUACCAUGAAUAGAAUGAUAUUCAUACAGGUCAGCUUUAAGAACCCUUUUCCUGAUGUACUGAAGGAUUGUGUCAUGACCCUUGAGGGAAAAGGUCUGAUUAAAGAUGAAAUGAGUGUAACGUUUAAAGAUGUAGAAGCAAAUGGAAAUGCGAAAGUGAAUUGUAACUUCACUCCCAUUAAGGCAGGGAAAAGAAAUCUCCUUGUGGAUAUUGACUGCAAUCUAAUGAAAAAUAUAAAAGGUAGCUUGGAGAUUGAUAGCUCUGAAAAUUCAGAUGACAGUGGAGACAGGAUGGAACAAAAGAUCCCUCAUUGCUACCUUCCAGAACGAACUGAACGCAGGGUCUGGCACGAGAUCACUGUCCGUGAUGAGCAGGAUGACCCGGAUGACCUGAUUAAUCUGGUCAUUCGAGUUGGCAACCAGGAUAUAGUGAAAAGGUGCUUGACAGAAACUGGAGGUGCACUGAGAUCGCUUGUUAAGGUGCGCAAACAGACAAGGGGAAUUGCUGGUGACUGUCGGCUCCCGGGGACACUCCAGCAGAGGAGUGAUCACCAACAAGACUUUCAAGAAGACUACCUGAAUCAUGUUAUCACUAUAAUCAAGGGCAAGGCGGAAGAAGUAGACUUGCCUGUGGAGAAGGUGGACAUUAUCAAUAGUGAGUGGAUAGUCUACUGCCUCUUCUAUGAGUCGAUGCUGAACACAGUUAUCUACACUCGCGACAAGUGGUUGCGACCAGAUGGCCUGAUUUUCCCUGACCGGGCUGCUUUAUACGUUACAGCCAUUGAGGAUAAACAAUACAAGGAUUAUAAGAUAACACUGACAGAAACAUUUGAAGACAAAUUUGCUGAAGUGAAAUACACUGCCGACUUUCACUGUGAGGAGAACAACCAGCAGCACAGGACCGAUGAGAUCACCACCAAGCGACUGAUCAUCAGGAGAGGAGAAACUUUCCAAAUCUCUGUGCAAGUGGACAGGGAUGAAUGUCUCAUAGACCACAACAAUAUUUUCUUCACUGUUGAGACAGGGUUAAAACCUACAGAACUAACUGGAACAAAAGCCUUGUUUAAAAUAAGUUCAAUUAAUCGAAGACGGUGGAGUGGAGCAGUUGUUCCCAGCACUGGAACCACAUUGGUCCUAACUGUAUUCCCACCACCAAGUGCCAAGAUUGGACGAUACACUUUAGCACUCCUGAGGCCCAUAGGAUUUCAGAUGAUGAGGGUCGAACUAGGACAGUUCAUACUACUUUUCAACCCAUGGUGCAAAGAGGAUGAAGUCUUUCUGGAUAGUGAGGAACAACGAAAAGAAUAUGUGCUAAAUGAAGAUGGAAUCAUCUACAUUGGCAGUUGCUACCAGAUUAAUGAUCGCUCGUGGUACUUUGGACAGUUUGAAGAAGAUAUUGUGGAUAUCUGCCUUACAAUGUUGGAAAAAAGCAACAAAUGUUUGUAUAAUCCAGCAAAGGAUUAUAUACGCAGAAAUGAUCCUGUUUAUAUCAGUAGAGUUGUGACAGCUAUGAUAAAUUCUGCUGAUGACAGAGGGGUGCUUGCUGGCAAAUGGAGUGAGCCAUACACUGGAGGGGAGUACCCUUGGUCAUGGAAUGGAAGUGUUGCAAUCCUCCGUCAGUGGUAUAAAGGAGGCUUUGGGGCAGUUCGCUACGGACAGUGUUGGGUGUUUGCAGCAGUGGCUUGCACAGUUUUGAGAUGCCUGGGAAUUCCUUCUCGUGUUGUCACAAACUUUAACUCUGCUCAUGACACAAACGGCAACUUAACAAUCGAGGAAGAAAUAGAUGACUCUGGGAAACUGCUUGGUGAACAAACAUGGAACUUCCACGUCUGGGUGGAGAGUUGGAUGGCACGAAAUGACCUAAAGGCAGGUUAUGAUGGAUGGCAGGUUCUGGACCCAACUCCACAGGAGAAGAGUGAAGGAAUUUACUGCUGUGGACCUGCCCCAGUGAAAGCAAUUCAAGAAGGGGCAGUGGAGAUGAAGUAUGAUGUCCCUUUCGUUUUUGCGGAGGUCAAUGCAGAUGUGGUAACAUGGUUAAGAUUAAGGAACGGCAAAAAAACGAAGCUAUCUGUUGACACUCGUCGUGUAGGCAAAUGUAUCAGCACCAAGAGCUGCAACAGUAGUUAUCGUGAAGACAUCACUCACAAUUACAAGCAUCGUGAGGGGUCUCAAGAAGAAAGAGAAAUAGUUAAUGAAGCCCGAUUGAGAAAUAAACUGGAACCUGCACAAGAAGUGCAAUUCCUUGUGCAACUGAAAGCUGAUGCAUCAGUAAAACAUGGAUCUGAUAUUCAUGCUUUUGUGAACAUCUCCAAUCACAGCUUAGAAAGGAGGAUUUUCAACCUUCACCUUACCUCCCAAAUACUGAGAUAUACUGGACAACCUGUGAAACAAGUUAUGGCUCAGAGUAUGAACAGAAUUGUAGUUGAUAAGAAUGAAGUCAAAACAGUGCAUCUAGACAUUCCUUUCAGAGAAUUUUGCAACUGUCUGGAAAAUCAUCAACUGAUCAAGCUGAUUGCUGUGGUAGCUGAUGCAAGAACAAAUGAAAGUGUGGUGGCAAUGAGGGACAUUAUUGUGGUCAGACCUGCUGUCAGCAUAAAAAUAUCGGGGAAUGCCUUUCUGAUGCGUGAGAUAACUGCAGAAAUCACUUUCCAGAAUCCACUGUCUGAGCCACUCUUUGAUUGCGUCUUCACGAUAGAAGGAGCAGGACUGAUUGAUGGCAUGUUAAAAAUCAGGGUCCCAGAGAUAAAGGCCAACGAUAAAAUUAGAAGUGAAUUUCCAUUCGUCCCCUAUAAAGCAGGAUUACGGAAAUUAAUGGUGGAUUUUGACUGCAACAGAAUGAAGGAUGUGAAAGGAUUCUGUAAUAUUCCAGUCCAAUGGCGUUAA